CUAUCUUCUACUAGUGGCACUAUUGGCAUAGUAAAAAGUAAAAACUAUUUUCACCCUUUUCCUUUUUACUGUGAAAAAUAUCAGAUUCCUCUCUCUUAUUUAUAGCUGCAGCUGCUGGUGAAGCUAUUGUUUGUUUGCACUGACAAAGUGACACCUAUAAAACAACCCCCUCCAUUAAAGCAACUCUCCUCCUAUCUACUCUGUAUACAUACACUUAGAGAUACAGUUUCUCUUUCUUUCUCUCUCAUCAAUAAUAUAGAAAAUCAAGAAAAAGGAACCGAAAAAUAAAUGUAUGCAGAAACUGAGUUAAUGUUUCCUUAUUUCCAGAAUUUCUCUCAAGAAGUUCAGCAAUUUGAGGAAGCUUUUUGCUGCCAGCAGCUGAAGCCUGUGGGCAUGCCUAGCAGCACUGUGUCCGACUACAACCUGUGGGCCGGAGACGACCUGUUCAAAGCCCCCGAGCCCAUAAUCGAGGAACCCAUAUUUGGGCCCGACCCAUUAGCAGCUGCCAUCUCAAUGAUCUCCUGUGGAGAAGAUGCCAUCCCCCAACAAUCGAUGGCUGUGUCAGAUAUAGAAUCGUCGAUCGAGAAUGGCCAACUCUUGAGUGAGGUCUUUUACGAGUGCCAAAAGGAUCUCUUGGCCAAGGAAGGCAAUGAGACCCCAUUAUCUGAGGUGCUGAAAAUCGAGAUCCCGAACGAGGAGAGGUUUCAGAAGAGCGUGAGCUCGGCUUGUCUGAGGUCGAUGGAGCUCGAGCAGCAGCAAGCUGGACCGGGUUUUUUCGAUUUUCCUGUGUUGGACUUUGAGGCCGUUUAUGGGAUGCGUAGGGCGUUCAGUGAAGGAGACAUGAAGACUCUCGAUAAUAAUGGUAACGUAAGCCAAGUUCAGUCGCCAGUCGGACAUCCUAAAGUCCCGAGCAUCUUUGCUUCUGAAGAACGCCGUGAAAAGCUGUCCCGUUAUUGGAGCAAGAAAUCGAGGAGGAAUUUCGAUAGGAAAAUCAAGUAUGCAUGCAGGAAGGCCCUGGCUGACAGCCAACCGAGAGUUCGCGGCCGAUUUGCGAAAACCGAGGUAUCCGAAAGCUGUAAGAAGCAAUGAGCCAUAUAAUCUGAUAGGGGCAAGUAAUAAAGCAGCUUUAGUGGUGUAGUUCUUAGGCUUUAAUGAAGUACUAUUAUGGGAAUGUUUUAGUUGGUAUUUGUAUGUUAGUUGUUUUCAGGCCUGGGCAAGAUUGUCUCUACUCAAUUUAAGCUUUUGAACUCUAAAGCUUGUAAACUACAUGCUAUGAUGGUGACUGUAAUGACUUCUUCUUCUUUUUGUAGUUCAAAUGCUCCUCUAAAUUUUGUACAUAAUAAUUACUAUUUGGAUUAUGAAAUAAAGAGCUACACUAAUUAAAGAAGA